AUGAAGACCUUCAGAGCGUUCAUGUUUCUAAUGUCGUUCUUUAUGACCUAUGCUACCAUGGCUGUUUCAAAAUCCAGCUCCGGACCGGUGAAAGGGAGACUGGGUAAAUAUUUCAAUGAGCCUGGAAUGGAUGACAGCCUUCGUCAUUAUGAUAUCAGGUUCUUUAAUGGGGUGGUGAAGUCUGCGGACCGAGUGGAGAUCUUGACAGAUAUGAUUCGAGCAUAUCUACAGUUUUUCCGGGAAAAUGGGUUGGAGACCUGGAUAGCUCAUGGGACACUCCUAGGCUGGUGGUGGAAUGGAAAGAUGCUUCCUUGGGACUGGGACCUAGACACGCAGGUCAGCUCUGACACCCUUAUAUACCUUGGCGAAUAUCUAAACCAAACGGUCUACAAUUAUACUGGUAUCAAGUCAGACAACAGGAGGAAACGUCAAUACCUGCUCGAUGUCAACCCGGCCUCAUGGGACCGGCACCGUGGUGACGGCCAAAACGUCAUUGAUGCUCGAUGGACUGAUAUUUCAAGUGGCAUCUUCACUGAUAUCACAGGAAUCAGCGAGCUUAAUGAUACAGAGGCAGGAGUACUAAGUGACAAAAACUUCCACCAGUACCGAAAUGCGGACAUUUAUCCUCUGCGUCAAAGCACUUGUGAAGGGGUCUCUGCAAGCGUUCCAUUUAACUAUAUCGAUAUCCUUGCCACCGAGUAUGGCAAUGCUUCUCUCUGGAGAGUUACAUACGAGAACCAUUCCUGGAGCGAUGUAUUGCAAGAAUGGAUUCCAUUUUCUUCCUAG